CAGCUGAUUUAAAGUUAAAUUCGUCGUGUUUUUGUUUCUAAAUUUACAGCUUUGAGAAAUACGUUUUCUUUUCAUUGUAAGCCUGGAGAUAUAUUCAAAAUGGCAGAUAAGCAUUGCCAAAGAUCCGGCGAUUGGCGCGAUUCUCCGUUUUUUAGCGUCAUCUAUGAUUAUACGGUAAAGAAUGCCGGAAUGCCCACGGAUAUGGGAACAUUAAUAGCCUAUUUACUGCUAUUCGCGAUCACUUGGUAUGUGUUUCUCUGGACAGCGCGAUUCCUGCUCUCUCUGGUUUGGCCCGUGAUUAUCGUUGUCUCCGCUUUGUUCCUGUUCCGCUUUCUGCGCACAUUCCAAAAAGAGGAUAUGGAGGACAUGGCAAUUCAAGCACUCACAUUAAUAUGCGAUACUGUGGUAUCGUUUAUGGGAAAGACCCUUGAGUUUCUCAUGGGCUUACUCGAGUGAAUUAAAAAAAGGCACUUUUAUGAGACCUAAAGUACUUCUAAAUUAGUUAGUAUUUAUUUCUAUUGUAUAUAAAUUAUUGUGAAAUAGGUAAA